ACCUCCCUUGUUUUGUUCCCUGGUUCUGAGAGCGGUCUGGUCUGAGGGGAGCUGCUGUGGGAGCGGUGGGAGCAGUGGGAGGUGCUGGGAGUGUCCCACUCUUACCCGUUCAGGCAAAUCUCGGCUGCAGACUUAUGAGUGACGUGUUGAACCUGAGGCGUGACUGACUGCCCUGCUGUUCGCUUUAGCGGCGGGGCGGACUGACUGACUGACUGAGUCUCUGAACAAAGGACAGCCCGCGCCGAGCGUCGAGUACCUGCUCUGCUGAAGGCGGCAGUCAGUGCAGCGCCUGCCCGGGGAGGAGAGCGGAAGCUGAGCGGAAGAUACGUGGCUGGUUCAGGGGGCGAACCUGUCUCUUCUGAUUGUGUAAGGGGGUCCGGAGCCUCGCCGCCUCCGCGAGCGGGUUUUAGAAUGACCAGGAGGAAGCAGCACGCGCCUAAACGCGCGGCAGCCUACGAUUCAGAGGACCCUAAGGACACUACCAUCCGAAAUGAAGUCACAGAAGGAGAACAUUCAGAAUCCAGAGAGAAACCACAGGACAACAACGAUUACUACAAGAAAGAGCUUCCCCUCAAAAUCCCAAAGGAUGAGCUGUGCACCUCUACUGCUAAGCUUUCAGAGAAUGACAACAAACCACACAUUCCAGAGUCAACUGAACCCAUUUCAAACAUUGGAAGCACGUCAAGCAAAACUCGAAAUGAAGCUAUCAAGGACAAUCACAGUGGGGGAUCUGAGAAGUUGGCGUACAGUUCAGAUAGUCUGGAACAGAUAAAGGCCAUCUAUAAAAGUUUUCUCUCUAACUCUUAUUGGUCUUCGGUGAGUCUGAAUCCUUCUCAGUCAUGUGCAGAGAGAACAUCUGAGAUCAGUAGUAGUAGUAGCAGCUGUAGUAGCAGCAGCAGCACCAAUAGCAGCCCUGGGGGUGGGUGCUUUGACUGGCACCAGUCUGCAGUUGCAAAGACUUUGCAACAAGUUUCUGAAAAACAAUUUCAUCCAUCAAUGGAGCCGAGUCUUUUUAGCACUGUUCAGCUCUACCGUCAAAGUACUAGGCUUUAUGGGUCCAUAUUUACUGGUGCAAGUAAGUUCCAUUGCAAAAGCUGUAGUGCAUCUUAUGACACACUGGUUGAUCUGACAGUUCACAUGAACGACACAGGACACUACAGAGAUGACAACCAUGAGAAGUCUGGAAAAGGUGCCAAGACCUGGUCCAAACCACGGAAGCGUUCUUUACUGGAAAUGGAGGGAAAGGAGGAUGCCCAGAAGGUCUUACGCUGUAUGUACUGUGGGCACUCGUUUGAAUCCUUGCAAGACCUCAGUGUGCACAUGAUCAAGACCAAACACUACCAGAAAGUGCCUCUGAAAGAACCUGGAACAGCCAUCAGUGGUAAAAUUAUCUCCUCUUUUAAAAAACGUGUACCAGUGGAAUUAAACCUAAGUAAGCUGAAUGCGGCAGAGAAGAAAAUAUCAUCUAAAGGGGUUCAGGGAAAUGAUAAUAUUCCUAAGGCUUCUGAUAACCAUAAGAAGGACAGUCUCACAGACCAAAAUGAGAUGAGCAGUUCUAGUUUCCACUUGAAAUCUCAAAUUUUAAAAUGUAUGGAGUGUGGAAAUUCCUAUGAAUCUUUACAGCAAUUAACAGCCCACAUGAUGUUGACGGGUCAUUUCUUCAGAACUGGCAACUCCCUACGGAAGACAGAUGAAUGUCUUUUAGAACAAAUACACCACAUGCCUGCUAAAGUUAAAACGAUUGAAGAAAAGACAGAAACAGAGACAACACAAGAUGCAUCUUCUUCAUCAUCAUCUUCAACAACUGGAAUCAUAAACUCCCAUAAAGCAUCUAGCCCUUCCCCCAUUCAGACCAACAUUUCAGAUGACAUUCAAGGGAAGAUCUUAAAAGAAAGCGUAUGCAAAGAGCCAGCAAUCGAAUCAAAUGAUGCAGACGACAGAUAUAAUAUAUCUUCAAAAUUAGAUUAUCUUACUGAGGAUGAUCUGAAAGAGAGUCCGAAAGUUAACCUUGAUAUCCUUAAGUCUCUGGAGAACACUGUUACAUCUGCUAUUAACAAAGCACAGAAAGGUACACCAACUUGGGGAGGCUACCAAAGCAUCCAUGCAGCUUAUCAGUUACAGAAUACUGUGAGGCCUUGUCUGUAUAAUUCUGGGAGGAUCUCUUCCAUAAACCAACUGGGGCAUGGUAUGGAAAUUCAACCAUCAGACAGAAGCAGGCUGAUGAUGUCUCCAAAUGCUUUGCAGGAAACUCCUUCACCCACAGUGAACCUGUAUGCUAUGGAAGAGUUGGUGAAGAAAGUUACAGAUAGGGUUGUUGCUGUUGAAGAACAGAAGAAAAACACAGAUGAAGUUUCUCUACAGAGGCAGUUUGUAACCUCCCCUUCUAUAAGUGUUAACAGUAUGAAACAGUCAACGUAUAGUUCGCCAACUCAAAUUCAUAGACAUGAAACUCAAGGUAACACAGAGACCAAAGUUGUUGACUCUGAGAAUCACAGAGAUGAGAAGAGCAGCUCAAUAAAAUGCUUGGAAGCAUUUGCACACACCCCCACCAGUUCCCUAUCCUUGUGUGAUGAUAAUGAUGAUGAUGGUUCUGUUAUAACAAGCCAUCCAGAGGCAAAACAACCUUUCCUUAGUCCUCUAAAUGCCCUUCAAUCAGUCAUGAAUCUUCAUCUAGGAAAAGCUGCCAAACCUGUGAAGCCAGUACAAGAUCCUAUAAGCAUGCUCCUGAAGAUGAGCAACACCAUGGCAGAAAGAGCAGCAGUGGCUGCACCUUCAAUUCCAACCUCAAAACACGAAACACUAAACCCAGAGUUUCAUCAAAUCGACAAAGACCAACCAAUUGAUUUAUCCAAAGGCAGAGGAAGGCAGUGUUUAGCAACUGCAACUCUCCCAGGAAAAUCACUAAACUCUUCUUUGCCUGCUGUUACUCGGACAGAUUUAACCGAUAUAAUGUGCACUCCAGUCAGCCCAGUGCACGAGAAUGCCCUGUCAGACAUCUCAGACAUGUUACGGAAUUUGUCAGAGACUCAUCCCUUGAAGCCCCAGGCUCCUUCCCUUAAAGUCGAGCGGUCAGAGAUUGAAGGUGCACACACCCCAGAUGAAGGAGAUGAUGCAUCCAUGGUGCACAAGCGCAAGGGCAGGCAGUCACAUUGGAAUCCCCAGCACUUGCUGAUUCUGCAGGCCCAGUUCACAUCCUGCCUCAGGCAGACAGCUGAUGGGAAGUACGUCAUAUCAGACUUGAGCCCCCAAGAAAGGACUGUCAUCUCGCGUGUUACAGGUCUGUCCAUGACAACCAUCAGCCAUUGGCUAGCUAAUGUCAAAUAUCAGCUGAGACGGACAGGUAGGACCAAGUUUCUGAAAAACGUUGACUCUGGCCAGCCAGUUUUUUUCUGCAGCGAAUGUGCCAUACAAAUCCAAACUCGUUCAACAUACCUCUGUCACCUUGAGUCACAUCUCGGCUUCAGGAUGCGAGACUUGGCAAGGUUUUCCUGUGAAAACCUCAACAACAAGAAGAUUCCAAGGCAUUCAAAGGACUUAUCCCAAAAAAAUACUCUCUCCUCACCUGCCAGAGCUCCAGAGCAGUUAUACCCAAUAUGAAGAGUGUCGCGGCAAAGUAAUUUAAAUAGAUUGUGGGUUGUAACAGACAAUGGCAUGUUUAAUAAUGUAAAAAAUGUAGGACCACAAUGGAGGAUUCAGAAAAUGGAAGGAAACACUCUGUAUAAUAUUCCUUAAUUUAACAAAAUCUUUACUGUUUUUUUCAUUGGCCCAUAUGGCGAUUUUGGGGUUCAAGCAUGUUAAAGUAUGUACAUUUGUAAUGGCAGUUGCUGUAGAAUUAUGUACAGAGCUCAUUUUGUUUAUUUUUAAAUCAUUUAUGUUUAUUUAUUUGAGAAUUGUGUCAGUUGUUGAAUCUAUGCAUUUAUCUGGGUCUGAAACAGUAAGACAUAAAGCAGUGUCUCCUGGGGAGCCACCUUCCUGCAGGUUUCAACUCCAACUUAAGACACUUAACACACCUACUUAAGCCAAUCAAGGUCUCCUGAAGGCAGUAUAUAGCAGAAUCACGUGUGAUGAAUCAGUGAGAAGUUAGAUCUCCAUGAGCAGGUUUAGAGAUCACUGGACAAAAAUGUUUACAUCCAACAACUACUAUCUGGUAUUGGUGGCCAUUGUAAGCGUUUUACAAAACAUUUCACACACUACUCUAUAUCUGUACCUUCAUUUCAGUUUCUAACUAUAAUUUCAGUAAUAUUUGAAAGAAAUACUUUUUUUAAACCUGAAUUUUGCUGAAUGUAUAUCCACUAAAAGAACAUAGCAUGACAUUUAUUUCUAUAAUGUAAAGUGUAAAAAUUAUUCAAUUUUAAUAAACUUUGAUUGCAAAAAGA